GGUUGAACGCGUAUAUAGAUAGGCGCGCCGCACGCUUGGCAGCAUCCGGACAUUCAGAUAUCCUAGUCCCUGCAGCGGACUCGGGUGCGCCCAUCAUGUCGCCGCUGCUGCUACUCGGUCUGGCACUCGCGUCGGCCGCUCUCACGGGUUCGGCGCACGCCAAAGAGCACGCUUGGGGAGCUGAUCCGCUCGCCGGUGGAGACUCGCAGUUAGAAGAAGAGGUUCCCGAACUGGGUGAAGAGGAGCCGGCUAACAAGACGGUGAUAUGGCCCAGCAACACCCGCUGGUGUCAAUGCGUCGGCAGCGAGUGUGGUUGCUGCUUCAACAUGUCUGCUCCACGCUUCGGCAUCAAGGAGAAAGCCUGCUCCAACCUGACUUACUACCCCGACCAGUACGCGCUGAGCUUCACCAUCUCAAUCGAUGACAACGUUGUCCUGAAUCGAACCGUAUCAGGCCGCGAUCCACCGCCCAUAUGCUGGCCCGAGCAGCUGGCGCAGCUCUGCGUCCGCUUCUACAACAUGACCUAUCAUCGGGCGGAGGUGGACGGCUGCGUGAGGCUCGAGGGCGUCGUCGCACACGAGGUGAUCGUCAGCUACGACGUCGGCUGCUACGUUCUCGAUGACGACGCCGUCAAAACGCGCAUCUCGGGACUCCGUCGACUGCUCGUCGACGCAAUCCGUCGCCGUGCGCGCCCGGAUCUCUGGCCAGAGGGCGUCAACGACGUUGACGGCAGGAGAGAGAGAUGAUGUGCUCCUGGUUAUCAUACAUCCACUUCUCUAACGUUUACACUCGUCCGCACGAACUGCAUAUGCAUACCUGUCACAUUGGCCGGUACACCAUGUAAAUGCAUGCCGCCUGAAAUCUCUCUUCAUUACAGGGAUAACGCAGAAAAAAAAAGCGGCUACACAGUGCAUUGCCACACCGAAACACGACUCUAGAAGUGUCAUAAACGCCCGUUGUUACUCAAAGACAA